AUGUUUACUUCUGAAGAAUGGUUGAACUUGAGUGCAAGUAAGGAGGUAAAAGGAAAGAAAGCAAUUGAUAUUGUACUUCAAGUGUCAUUUUGGGAGGAUAUUGUGUACAUUCUUAAAGCUAUGGGGCCUCUGGUAAAAGUACUUAGGCUUGUUUUUAAUGAAAAGAAGUCGGCAAUGGGUAACAUUUAUCAUGUAAUGUUGGAAGCCAAUAUCAUUGACACUGUUGAUAGAAGAUGGAGUAUUCAACUUCAUCCUUCGUUACACGCAGCUGAAUAUUAUCUUAAUUCGAGGCUUUCUGCAAGUGUAGACGUUGUUUGUGCCAUCCAUGGAGAAUUGUCGAAAUAUAAGAUGGGUGUAUGUCACUUUGCAUUGAUGGAAGCGGUAAGGCAAAUGGAUCAUGUAGCUGCUGCUAAGUGGUGGAGGAGGAACAGAACAAAAACACCAAAUUUGCAGCUCCUUGCUAUUAAAAUAUUGAGUUUGACUUAUAGCUCAUUAGGUUAUGAGCGAAAUUGGAGUGCUUUUGAGCAUUGUAAUCAAAAUUUAAAAGAGCGUUUUGACAAUAAUAAUUUGAUUGAUCCUGUGGUCAUGGAUGAUGAUAUUGAUACCAAUAACUUAUGGUUGUUGGGAGGUGAAGGUGAAGCUCAACUCGAUAAUGAUGAUAUGGUGUUUGAUGGUGAUGAUUUGUCUUGGUUAGAUGUUGAAAUUGCAAGUGGUGUUGCUGAGCCUACAAUUAACACUAGGAGCCAAACAACAUUGCAGAAGAAGGCAAUUGCACCUCCACCACCUUCACCUUCUUCAUCUAGAUCUAAUCCAAAAACAAAGGAAGUGGUAGUAGUAGAUGAUGAAUUUGGUGAUCAAAAAUAUUUUGGAGAGGAUGAAGAGGGUGCUAGUGUCAGAGAAGUGAUGAUGAAGACUUAG